UGCAUAUCUGUUCAUAUUGGCCAAGCCGGUGUUCAAAUAGGUAAUGCAUGCUGGGAAUUAUAUUGCUUGGAGCAUGGCAUUCAACCGGAUGGCCAAAUGCCAUCAGAUAAGACAGUCGGCGGAGGUGAUGACUCAUUUAAUACCUUCUUCAGUGAAACGGGAUCUGGAAAACACGUACCACGAGCUGUAUUUGUUGACUUGGAGCCAACGGUUGUGGACGAAGUCCGUACUGGAACUUAUAGACAAUUAUUCCAUCCGGAGCAGUUAAUUACGGGUAAAGAAGAUGCGGCAAAUAACUACGCCCGCGGUCACUACACCAUCGGUAAAGAGAUUGUAGAUUUGGUAUUGGAUCGCAUUAGAAAAUUGGCGGAUCAAUGCACUGGAUUGCAAGGAUUUUUGGUAUUCCACUCAUUUGGCGGUGGAACUGGUAGCGGAUUUACGUCACUACUCAUGGAACGUUUGUCAGUGGAUUAUGGAAAGAAAUCUAAAUUGGAAUUUUCAAUAUAUCCAGCUCCUCAGGUAUCCACCGCUGUUGUCGAACCAUACAACUCCAUACUAACAACCCAUACCACACUGGAACAUUCAGACUGUGCAUUUAUGGUUGACAAUGAAGCUAUUUACGAUAUUUGCCGUCGAAACUUAGAUAUUGAGAGACCCACAUACACUAAUUUGAAUCGCUUGAUUGGUCAAAUCGUUUCGUCUAUUACAGCAUCUUUACGAUUCGAUGGUGCUCUCAAUGUGGAUUUAACUGAAUUC